AUGGCACAGAGUGGAAACGGAGCAGCAUGUGAGAGUGAUCUUACAUCACUUGGUACCGGACAAGAGCUGAAUUUUGAUGAUGACACAGUGAAAGGUAAAGAUUCUUACAACUGUUAAUAGUGUAUCACCAAAAGGCCUUCAAUAUAGCAAACUAAGGAGAAAUGAAACAAAAUAUACAAAAAAGACAAAAAACCGUCCUUUGAAAACAUUCAACAUACGGAAGUGGUUAAAGAGUCAAAGUCGUUAAACAUUAUCUCUACUGAAAGUGGUUUUUUCAUUUUUUUUUGUCUAGAAUAGACUUUUUGUAGAAUUUUUUGGUUGAGUUUAUCACUUGUGGCAAAAUGAAUCGCUGUUUUGGUACCAGUGCUUAUCCAAUUGAAGAUAAUAUUAAUUUACAGCUUUAUGCUGAUUUUUCCAGAUCAAACCAUUAUGGCACAGAGUGGAAACGGAGCAGCAAGUGAGGGUGAUGUUACAUUACAUGGUACCGGACAAGAGCUGAACUUUGAUGAUGACACACUGAAAGGUAAAGAUUCUGACAGCUGUUAAUAGUGUAUCACUAAAAGGCCUUUAAUAUAGCAAACUAAGGAGAAAUGAAAUAAAAUAUUCAAAAAUGACAAAAAACCGUCAUUUAAAAACAUUCAACCUACGGAAGUGGCUAAAGAGUCCAAUUCGUUAAACAUUAUCUCUGCUGAAGGUGGUUUCUUCAUUUUUUAUCUAGAUUAGCUGGCUUUUCCUAGAAUCAGCUGUGGUCGAGUUUACCACUUGUGGCAAAAUGAAUGGCUGUUUUGGUACUGGUGCGUUAUAUACAAAUGAAGAUAAUGUCAAUUUACAGCUUUAUACUGAUUUUUCCAGAUCAAACCAUUAUGGCACAGAGUGGAAACGGAGCAGCAAGUGAGAGUGAUGUUACAUCUCUUGGUACCGGAGAAGAGCUGAACUUUGAUGAUGUCACACUAAAAGGUAACGAUUCUGACAACUGUUAAUAGUGUAUCACCAAAAGGCCCUGAACAUAGAAAUUUAAGGAGAAGUGAAAUAAAAGAUACAGAAAGGAAAAAAACGGUCCUUUAAUAACAUUCAACAUACAUAAAGCCUUAAAGUCGUUAAACAUUAUCUCCCCUGAAGGUGUUUUUAUCUACACUAGACUUUUUCUAUAAUUUGUGGUCGACGAAUUCCUUUAUCUUGCGGAUCCGCCGUUACAUAUAGCCAUGCAUUAGCUCCCGGCAUGUAUGAUUCCUAUUUUCCCGCCAACCCGAAAGAUGGACACGCACCGCAUAACGGUUUAUUAGUGUGAGCUACAAAUUUAAUAAAUUUUCAGCUUUUUUAGCAUUUUUAACAUCAGAAAGUGAGGAACGGAACGACCAAAUUUGCCCCUAUUUCACGAGUGUGUGACCAUAAUCAACGCCAUUGAUGAAUUAACAAGUGACACCAUUUGCCUAACCGGGAAAUAAAUUAUCCCCGUAAUCUUUUACAUUUUAAUAUGUAGCAAAGAGACGAAGACGGAAAUGAACACACAAAAAAGUUGCACACGAUAGUCCGCAUUGUACUCUUAUCUUUUGUACCCACAAUUAUAAUUCACCAUUUUAUUUUUCUAUACCAUAGCAAGUUUCGUUCCCAAGGGGUAUUCCGGAUUUCAAGAGACGUGGAUGACCGAAUGAGGGCAAAAAUCAAAACCCUAAAAAUUCCCUGGACCAAAAAUUAACCCACAAAAAAAUCCUAUACAGAACUGCGCAUGCACCGACCAGAUUAUUCAGUUAAAAUCAAGCCAGCUAAGAAAAUACUUGCCAAAUUUUUCCUACCCCAAAAGAAUCCCGGAAUUGAAAAUUUUAAACCCAAAAAAUCCUUCUAUCAUCGCCGUCACUUGAAAUCCGGAGUACCUUCACUGGAGUUUCGAUCCACUCCAAAUUUCUUAAUCGAAAGUUUUGCUUAUGACGUACUUCAUAACCGCAAAACAGAUUGUCGAAGACAAAGCUGUAUCGGAGAGACCAACAAGUAAAAAGGAAACAACCACGAAUGGGAAAAGAACCAAGUAUCUCCUAUGUUUUGGAAACCAAAAUACAUUGCACUCGAAAAUGAAGAACCCUCACCUCCGGUGAAAAGGCCUGCAAUCAACUAAAAUGAGUCAGUUAAUUUGAAGUGUGACCAUCCCCUUUAGACAUUUGCGUUUCCUCUUUUACCCACUGCACCGUGGGGCAAUUGGAAUCAAACGUCUGUCUCGGGGAGGGGAGAGUAUAGUAGAGUUUUACAUUUUUAGCGCCUUACAAUGAGAAAGUUUGCGGUAUUAUUGUGUUUCGCAAAUUUUCAUGCAGUACUUACGUAAUUGUGGUAUUACUAAACAUGCGGAAUUUUUUAUGAUUGGCUCGGCAUUUUUUAGCAUGGUACAUGUACGUGGAGUUCUUAUCCCUUUCAAUGGAGUUUUUUUAUAAGUUGGAGAAAAUCCUAUAGUGUUGGCGUUGAAAUGAAACCUCCUCUACCGAACCUUUUGGCUGAACUUGCUUUAUAUUCAAGUGAAGAUAAUGUCAAUUUACAGCUUUAUACUGAUUUUUCCAGAUCAAACCAUUAUGACACAGAGUGAAAACGGAGCAGCAUGUGAGAGUGAUGUUACAUCACUUGGUACGGGACAAGGGCUGAACUUUGAUGAUGACACACUGAAAGGUAAAGAUUCUUACAACUUUUAACACUGUAUCACCAAAAGGCCUUUAAUACAGCAAACUAAGGACAGUUGAAAUAAAAUAUACAAAAAAGACAAAAAACCGUCAUUUGAAAACAUUCAACAUACGGAAGUGGUUAAAGAGUCGUUGAACAGUAUCUCUACUGAAGGUGGUUUUUUCAUUUUUUAUCUACAUUAGGCUUUUCGUAGAAUUUCUCGUCGAGUUUAUCACCUGUGACAUAAUGAAUGGCUGUUUAGGUACUGGUGCUUUAAAUACGAGUGAAGAUAAUGUCAAUUUAUAGCUUUAUACUCAUUUUUCUAGAUCAAACCAUUAUGACACAGAGUGGAAACGCAGCAGCAAGUGAGAGUUAUGUUACAUAUGGUACCGAACAAGAGCUGAACUUUGAUGAUGACACACUGAAAGGUAAAGAUUCUUACAACUGUUAAUAGUGUAUCACCAAAAGGCCUUCAACAUGAGAAAUUUAAGGAGAAAUGAAAUAAAAGAUACAGAAAGGAAAAAAAACCGUCAUUUGAUAACAUUCAACAUUUGAUACAUGAAGACUGAAAGUCGGUAAACAUUAUCUUCACUGAAGGUGUUUUUUUAUUUUUUAUAAGAGAUUAAACUUUUUUUUAAAAGCCCUGCAUCUGUCUCGGGGAGGGGAGAGUAUAGUAGAGUGUUACAUUUUAUCGCCUUACAUUAAGAAAUUUUGUGGUAUUAUGGUGUUGGGCAAAUUUUCAUAAGGUACUUAUGUAAUUGUGAUCUUUAAUUCUGCUAUUGUGGUAUUUCCAAACAAGCGCAAUCUUUUUUUGAUUGGCUCGGUGAUUUUUAGCAUGGUUUUGUUGAAUUCGUCGAUUUUUCUUCGCCGUGUUACGGUGUUCCGUAUACUUCUAGCCGCUCUAAAAUCUUAUUUGUUACCCAUGCCUAUACUUCUGCUACAAGACCGGCUUUGAUAGUGUGACAUUGUGCCCAGUUGCGGUUUUAGAAAGGUUUACUAGACAAUAUUUCCAUGAUAAUUUGUUAUGCGCUUCAACCCAUCAACAGAAACAAUUAGUAAGGCAUUUGUAUUAACGCAUGCAGAAAUCCCAUGGUGCAGCCACAGCAGCUUCACAUUGUACCAUUUCUUAUUAUAAUUCUUAUAACUAUUAUAUUAUUAUUAAUAUUAUUACUAUUUGAAAAGGUUAUUUUAGUGUUAAUCCAAUCUUAAGUUUUGUAGUUUUCAAAGUAAAAAAAGUGUAUAUGUUGAAGUGGUCAUAGCAGCCAAACAUCUUUAAGUAGCAAACCGAAUUUAUAUACUUAACAAUGUUUUUAUCAGGAAGUUUUACAAAUAACAAAAGCUGUUGCAAAUUAUGACUAUUAUCCCCUUAAGUUCUAUAAAGCUAAAAGUAAACUUUAUCGAGUGUCACUUACACCAAAAAGAAACAACAUGUUUAUAAGAAUUAUUGCUGCAAUUGACUCCUGAUUCUGUUCUCAAAUAUGAUUCAGUCGCGUCUUACUGAAGUGGUACUGUAACUCCCUGCUUCUACUAAGUCGAUUGACUAGGGUAACAAAAAAAACUGCAAAAACCGUCGUUCUGAAUCUGAAACUGAAUCAGCCGCCGAGAUUGUCGGAAAGUGAGUUGGCAAUGGUUGGUUACUAGGUUGGCCUGAGUGACUGGGCUACUGAGUUCUGGAAAACAGUUUCAUGUCUUGAAAGAAAGCACAAUGGAAAACUGAAUCAGAUUACGUGUACUGUCCUGUUGUUUGAAAAUUCCUUUACCACGCAUUUCAUGACUGCCUACCACAGAAUUUUGAUUGAUUUGUUCAGUCAAUAAAAGUUUUAUACUAAUGUGAGAUUACCACUUGUGGCAAAAUGAAUGGUUGUUUUGGUAGCAGUGCUUAUACAAGUGAAGUUAAUAUUAAUUUAAAGCAUUUUACCGAUUUUUCCAGAUCAAACCAUUAUGGCACAGAGUGGAAACGGAGCAGCAUGUGAGAGUGAUGUUACAUCACUUGGUACCGGACAAGAGCUGAAUUUUGAUGAUGACACACUGAAAGGUAAAGAUUCUUACAACUGUCAAUAGUGUAUCACUAAAAGGCAAUUAAUAUAGCAAACUAAGGGGAAAUGAAAUAAAAUAUACAAAAAAGACAACAAACCCUCCCUUGAAAGCAUUCAACAAUGGAAAUGGUUAGAGAAUCAAAGUCGUUAAACAUUAUCUCUACUGAAGGUAUCUUGAUUAGGCUUUUCCUAGAAUUUGUGGUCGAGUUUAGCAAGUGUGGCGAAAUGAAUGGCUGUUUUGGUACUAGUGCUUUAUAUGCAAGUGAAGAUAAUGUCAAUUUACAGCUUUAUACUGAUUUUUCCAGAUCAAACCAUCAUGGCACAUAGUGGAAACGCAGCAGCAAGUGAGGGUGAUGUUACAUCACUUGGUACCGGACAAGAGCUGAACUUUGAUAAUGACAAGCUGAAAGGUAAAGUUUCUGACAACUGUUAAUAGUGUAUCACCAAAAGCCCUUUAACAUAGAAAUUUAAGGAGAGAUGAAAUAAAAGAUACAGAAAGGAAAAAAACCGUCAUUUGAUAACAUUCAACACUAAUAAAGACUUAAAGUCGUUAAACAUUAUCUCCACUGAAGGUGUUUUUUAACGAAAAAAAAACUGCAAAAGACGUCGCUCUGAUUCUGAAACUGAAUCAGCCACCGAGAUUGUCGAAAAGUGAGUUGACAAUGCUUGGCUACUAUGGUGGCCUGAGCGACUGGGCUACUGAAUACGAAAACGCAGGUUUAUAUCUUGAUUGAAAGCACAAUGGAAAACUCAAUCAGAUUACGUGUACUGUCCCGUUGUUUGAAAAGUACUUCACCACGCAUUUUAUGACUGCCUGCUACAGAAUUUUAAUUGAUUUGUUCAGUCAAUAAAAGUUUUAUACCAAAGUGAGUUUACCACUUGUGGCAAAAUGACUGGUUGUUUUGGUAACAGUGCUUAUGCAAGUGAAGUUAAUAUUAAUUUAAAGCUUUUCACCGAUUUUUCUAGAUCAAACCAUAAUGGUACAGAGUGGAAACGGAGCAGAAUUUGAGAGUGAUGUUAUAUCACUUGGUACCGGACAAGAGCUGAAUUUUGGUGAUGACACACUGAAAGGUAAAGAUUCUUACAACUGUGAAUAGUGUAUCACCAAAAGGCAUUUAAUAUAGCAAACUAAGGUAAAUGAAAUAAAAUAUACAGAAAAGACAACAAACCGUCCUUUGAAAACAUUCAACAUACGGAAGUGUUUAAAGAGUCAAAGUCGUUAAACAGUAUCUCUACUGGAGGUGUUUUUUUAACUUUUUAUCUAGAUUAGGCUUUUCGUAGAAUUUGUGGUCGAGUUUACCACUUGUAGCAAAAUGAAUGGCUAUUUAGGUACUGGUGCUUUAUAUACAAGUGAAGAUAAUGUCAAUUUACAGCUUUAUACUGAUUUUUCCAGAUCAAACCAUUAUGGCACAGAGUCGAAACGCAGCAGCAAGUGAGGGUGAUGUUACAUCACUUGGUACCGGACAAGAGCUGAACUUUGAUGAUGACACACUGAAAGGUAAAGAUUCUGACAACUGUUAAUAGUGUAUUACCAAAAGGCCUUUAACAUGAGAAAUUUAAUGAGAAAUGAAAUAAAAGAUACAGAAAAAAAAGGUCAUUUGAUAACAUUCAACAUUUGAUACAUUAAGACUGAAAGUCAUUAAAAAUUAUCUCCACUGAAGGUGUUUUUUAUUUUUUAUCUACAGAUUAAACUUUUUCUAAAAUUUGUGGUCGAUGAAUUCCUUUUUCCUUGCGAAUUAACCGUUACAUAUAGCCCUGCAUCUGUCUCGGGGACGGAAGAGUAUAGUAGAGUUUUACAUUUCUAGCGCCUUACAUUGAGAAAAUUCGCGGUAUUACUGUAUUUGGCAAAUUUUCAUGCGGUACUUAUGUCAUUGUGGUCUUUAAUUCUAAUAUUGUGGUACGUCUAAACAUGCGGAAUCUUUUUUUGAUUGGCCCGUAAUUUUUAGCAUGGUUUUGUCGAAUUCGUCGAUUUUUCUUUGCGGUGUUACGGUGUUCCGUAUACCCCUAGCAACUCGUCAAUCUUAUUUUUUGCGCAUGCGUAUACUUCUGCUACAAGACCGGCUUUGAUAGUGUGAUAAUAGAGAGUUUUAGAUCCGAGUUUACCGCGAACGUCUAACCGCUGGAGGUCACGUGACCAGUCUUUCGCGUCACGUUUGAGGUUUACGACGUGCGUUUUCAACGUGGGGAGGUAGGUUUUCACGUACGUCAUUUACCUGAAAGCUUUUAGCGUAUAAUUCUUGUUUUAUCCCACGUAAUGAUACAAAAAUCUUGUGGAGCAAGUCUUCAUCCAUUAACAGAGGCACAAAUUCGGGCGAAAUGGCUAAAUUUGAUAAAUCUUAUUGGAUCUUGAAAACAAGUGCCAUUCAUGGCUGCUGAUUCAAAAUGGCGGCCGUAAAUUUGCAAGAAGAACUAAUGUAAGAAUUUACAGCUCUUUGCUGUUAGAUAACCCAGUGUUACCGUAAAUUUAUUUUAUUUCCACUGAUUGAUAUUUCUUCUAUUUCUAAAUGGAAAAAUAAACCUAGAAUGGCUUCUUUAAUCUACCUCCAAUCUAAAUCGAAUAAUGUUUGAACGUCGAACCGCAAACGGGUAACCGCAAACCGCGGUUAGAGGUUCGCGGUAAACUCGGAUCUAAAACUCUCUAAUAGCUGUGGUCACACUACAGACUUUUUACCUAGGUAAAUUCGACUUGUUGACAGUUUACCUAGGGAAACUUGAUUUUUAAAGUGUGACCGAUUUUUCCCUAGGUAACUUACCUCGGGGAAAUUUAUCGUCUGGGUCUUGGAUAUGUCUCGAGAACAAAAGAGUUUCCCUUGACAGCUACCCCAAAGCGAUAGAUAGGGAAACAUGAAAUACCGAGGUUGCUAGCCAAUAGACUCUCAUCGGCGAAACUCUUGAUGACAGAACCCGGACAUAGCUCACGCGGUGAAAGAAAUUUUGGGGGCACGAUUCGUCUACGUCUUCGCCUUCCUUCACCUUGCAUGUUGAAUUAGCGUAAGAAAUAACAGUGAGAGAAAAGAAAAAAACGUCUCUUUGAUCAGUUAGAUCCCUGCGCAUCUUGCCUUCUGAAAUUUACACUCCAAAAAAUUCAACUGGCGUGAAAACCUUUGUAGCCGAUAUCAGUAGUGUGACCUUCCCAGAAUUUUUCAUCUAGUUAAAACAAAACCCGAGAUGAAUUUACCUCGGGAGAUUUUUAAUGAAUUUGCCAUAGGUAAUUCACUUUUACCUAGGUAAAAGUCGGUAGUGUGGCCACAGCUAAUGUGCCCAGUUGCGGUUUUAGAAAGGUUUACCAAACAAUAUUUCCAUGAUGAUUUGUCAUGCGUUUGAACCCAUCAACACAAACAAUUAGUAACGCAUUUAUAUUAACGCAUGCUGAAAACCGUAUGGUGCAACCACAGCACCUUCACAUUGUACCAUUUAUUGUUAUAAAUAUUAUAACUAUUAUGUUAUUAUUAUUAUUAUUAUUAUUAUUAUUAUUUGAAAAGCUUAUUUUAGGGUUAAUCCAAUCUUAGUUUUUGUAGUUUUGAAACUAAAAAAAGUGUUGUUGUUGAUGUGGUCAUAGCAGCCAAACAUCUGUAAGUAGGAAUCCGAAUUUAUAUACUUAACAGUGUUUUUAUCACGAAUUUUCAUCAACAAAGUAUUACCAAUAACAAAAGCUGUUGCAAAUUAUGACGAUUAUCCCCUUAAGUUCUAUAAAGCUAAAAGUAAACUUUACCGAAUUUCACUUGCACCAAAAAGAAACAGUAUGCUUAUAAGGAUAAUUCCUGCAAUUGACUCCUGAAUCUGUAUUCAAAUAUGGUUCUAUCACGUCUUACUGAAGUGGUACUGUAACUCACUGCUGCUACUAAGUCGAUUAACUAACGAAACAAAAAAAACUGCAAAACACGUCGCUCUGAAUCUGAAACUGAAUCAGUCACCGAGAUUGUCGAAAAGUGAGUUGACGAUGCUUGGCUACUAUGGUGGCCUGAGCGACUGGGCUAUUGAACACGAAAACGCAGUUUCAUGUCUUGAUUGAAAGCACAAUGGAAAACUCAAUCAGAUUACGUGUACUUUCCCCUUGUUUGAAAAGUACUUCACCACCCAUUUCAUGACUGCCUGCUACAGAAUUUUAAUUGAUUUGUUCAGUAAAUAAAAGUUUUAUACCAAUGUGAGUUUACCACUUGUGGCAAAAUGAAUGGUUGUUUUGGUAACAGUGCUUAUGCAAUUGAAGUUAAUAUUAAUUUAAAGCUUUUUACCGAUUUUUCUAGAUCAAACCAUAAUAGCACAGAGUGGAAACGGAGCAGAAUGUGAGAGUGAUGUUACAUCACUUGGUACCGGACAAGAGCUGAAUUUUGGUGAUGACACACUGAAAGGUAAAGAUUCUUACAACUGUGAAUAGUGUAUCACCAAGAGGCAUUUAACAUAGAAAACUAAAGGGAAAUGAAAUAAAAUGUACAAAAAAGACAACAAACCGUUUUUUGAAAUCAUUCAACAUGCGGAAGUGGUUAGAGAGUCAAAGUCGUUAAACAUUGUAUCUAGUGAAGGUAUCUUGAUUAGGCUUUUCCUAGAAUUUGUGGACGAGUUUAGCACGUGUGGCGACAUGAAUGGCUGCUUUGGUACUAGUGCUUUAUAUGCAAAUGAAGAUAAUGUCAAUUUACAGCUUUAUACUGAUUUUUCCAGAUCAAACCAUUAUGGCACAGAGUGGAAACGCAGCAGCAAGUGAGGGUGAUGUUACAUCA